AUGAAUAAAAACAAUGAUCCUUAUGGAGCCAUCAAGUUUGGCGAAUUUAAAAAGUACAUGCAAAAUAAGGAAGCAAAGCUAAAGGAGCAAGAAAAAGAAGUAGGAAACAGAUCGAGCCAGGAACUGCCACAGAUAUUCAAAGGUCUUUCCAUUCACAUCAAUGGAUACACACAACCAUCUGCAACAGAAUUAAGAAGGCUGAUAUUACAGCAUGGCGGUGAUUACCAGCAUUAUUUAAAAAAGCUUCAUGUAACACACAUAAUUGCAAGCAAUUUAACAAAUGCAAAGAUGCAAGAAUUUCGAGCGUACAAAGUUGUAAAACCUAAUUGGAUUACAGAUUCUAUAAACGCUAGGCAACUGUUGCCGUGGCAAAAUUAUAGACUUGCAUCCAAAUCAAAUAAUCAAGCAGAGCUGCCAAGUGACUGGACAAAACAGACGUCUACUACAAACACUGGUUUUAUUCAACGAUACUACGAGACAUCUAGGCUUCAUCAUUUAUCAACCUGGAAAGCAGAAUUAAAGGAUAUGAUAGGGAGUAUGGCCAAUAAGGGGGAUAGAAAGAGACAGAAGAAACCCUUUCGUAUCAUUAUGCACGUGGACUUUGAUUGUUUUUUUGCUUCGGUUGGAAUCAAGGAUCGUCCUCACUUGAAAGACAAGCCGGUAGCUGUAACUCAUAGUAAAGGCGUUAGUGACGUUUCUUCUAGUGAUAUAGCCUCAUGCAACUACGUCGCCCGUUCUUUUGGUGUUCAUAAUGGAAUGAUUGUCAAGACAGCAAAGUCACUCUGUCCAGAUAUACAUGUCAUUCCGUACGAAUUUGAGAAAUACAAAUCAGUAUCAGAAACAUUCUACAAGAUUCUUUUUCAUUAUGCCGAUGAAAUCGAAGUAGUUAGCGUAGAUGAAGCCUUGAUAGAUGUUAGCUCACAUAUCAACACACCUUAUCAGGGCGAGGAGGAGGCACUGGCGUUAAAGAUUAGAAAGGAAAUUCGGGAUUCUACUGGUUGUGAAGUCAGUAUAGGGAUUGGUCCAAAUAUUCUAUUAGCAAGAAUGUCUACUAAACGAGCAAAGCCAUCCAAUUUAUUUUACUGUAAAACUGAAAAAGAUAAACAAGAGCUACUGUUGACGCAAUCAGUUUCUGGUCUACCAGGAGUAGGCUAUGCAACAGCGGAGAGACUGGCUACUAUGGGAGUGCAAACGGUAUCUGAUUUAAAGAAUAUGAGUUUACAAGAAUUAAAAUCAAAACUGGGCCAAAAGCUGGGUCAAACCUUGUAUAAUUUUGCAAGAGGCAUUGAUAAUCGACCACUGACUGUUAAACAACAGAGACAAUCCGUUAGUGUCGAAGUGAAUUGGGGCGUACGAUUUGAAAGUGAAGAGAAUGAAAAGGCUUUUGUCCAUGAUCUGUGCCAAGAGCUCUCGAGCAGGCUAGUAAAAUACAACUCACGAGGCAGGAUGAUCACAGUAAAGAUAUUAAAAAGACAAGAAGGUGCAAAGGAACCUGCAAAACUCCUAGGACACGGUCAAAUCGACGCAUUUUCAAAGUCCUGUACAUUAGCUGAUUAUACCCACGAUGCAGACACCAUCAGCAAACAUGUAUAUUCAAUGCUUAAAUCUUUUCAUUUCCAUCAUGCAGAUAUACGAGGGUUAGGUAUACAAGUAACAAAACUGGAUCAGGAAACGACCUCAGACUUUCAAGAAAGAUUGAAUUUCAAAAGAAAGGUCAUAAACGAACAAGAAUCUCACAAAAGGACGCGCAUCGAAGCGAAUACUAAAAAUAACCAAGCACAACUGAUGAAUGUAGAUCCUGAUGUAUUUUUUGAACUACCUGAGCAUGUACAAAAGGAAAUGAUGUCAAAAUAUAAGCUCGUAUUUCAGACAGAAAAAGAAAAAGUGUAUAGUUCACAGCUUGCUGAGCUACCUACUUGGUCACAGGUGGAUCCGGAGGCAUUGCUCGCUUUACCUGACGAGAUGAGGGAGCAAGUUUUGAAGGCUUAUAGUAAUCACAAGCUGAAGCCCUCGACUAAAAGCAAUAUAACAAGGGCUAAAAAAAAUAAUAAUGAGGUAACUCUUACGCAGCUGUUUGAAUCAAAGAAUCCUCCUUUGACCAUACAAGAUGGCCUUGAUGGAGAGUCGAUUGAUAUGGAUGUGUGGAAUAUGUUACCUUCGUCCAUACAGAAAGAGUUGUUGUUUGAUAUAGAAAAAAGGCGUAAGGAAGCAAUGAGACGAGAAGAAAAAGCUGUAAAAAGAAAGGACGAUAAGCUUCCUAUUGGACUACCAAACGAACCCUCCUUGCAAGGAUUAACUGAUAUAAACGAUAUUCGACGAUUACUACGUGAAUGGGUUUCAACGUUCAAUGAUGGACCUGAGCCAGAGGAUGUUGCUUCCAUUGGGAAUAUCUCUCUAAAGAUCAUAAUGAUGAAUGGAAAGCACAGGUGA